AUGGGCGGGAGGGUCGGCGGCGGCAGGAGGAAGUCCGGUGGCGUCUCUGGUAGGGUGAAAGGAGGGGGUGGGGACACCAGUGGAAAUGGUGGUGCCUCUGAGGCGAAGGCGGGUGGUGAUAGCCAUGGGAACGCGGGCGGUGCUUCCUGGACUACUGGCGGGGGCGGAGAGGGAACAAGCGGCGGUGGGAAAAUGAACUCGGUGGGCGGAGACAAGAACCAAGGCGGCGGCGGAGGAGGGGCCACUGGCAGGGGGGGCGGAGGGAGCUCUUCCGGCGGGGGCGGUGACGGGACGAGCGGGGGAGGAGACGGGGAGGGCGGGGGUGGAGAGGGUGGCGGAGGGGAGGGAGGUGGUGGGGAUGCGGCGGGCGGCGGAGAGGAUGGAGGUGGGGGGGGGAAGGGGAAGGUGGUGACUCUGGUUCCGGUGGAGGCGGGGGAGAGGAGGGUAAAGGAGGGGGUUGCUGCAGGAGGGGCGGAGGGGAGGAGACAAGCGGGGGCGGGAGGGGGACGGGGAUGGGGGGAGGAGAGAAAACGAGGGGUGGGGGAGCAGAGGAGGGGACGGGCGAGGGCGAGGGCGAGGGCGGGGCCGGGAGAAGGGGUUGUCAGGAGAGGAAGGGGAGGUGGAGAAGGGCCAUUGGCCGCAGCUUCCGAAGAGGAAGCGGUAAAAGGGGUCGCAAUUGGCUCUCGGUCGAGUCCUUGUUCCUCGGCCACCGCCACGGCCACGGCCACGUCUAGAUGA